AUGUUGCCUCCAACGGUCAGCAUCUUCCUCACCUUUCUGCAAUUCUACUUGCCCAAAGAGUUCUCCCUUCAGCGUGCCCUCUACAUCACCUCCGCUCUUAUUACUGCCUAUCCCUUAUUCCGAUUGCAUCAAAAUCAGCGGCGCGAGCCUUAUCAGAAGCAACGUACCGCUUGGCUCACGAGCCUCAAGGAGAUUAUUCGAGAGGCUUGUGGUUCACAUCAUGAGCAUCCCGACUUCCCACCAGAGCAUCCGGAUGUCUCAGUCGAGGUUGCUUCGAAGUUGUCUGGCGAAAUCGACUCCCUAUACCGAAUCUUAGGAAUAGAUGACACAACUUCCAUGAAUUUCCCUGAGCCUCCAAUUCUUUUAUGCACCGUCCGCCUCCACUGUGUCUUUUGUGCUGAUAACUUCCACCCUCGUACCCUCCGACGCUAUAAAAAGCCUAUGACUGUGCGCGUUCUUGAUCGCGACUUCAACUGGAAAACCGCCACCCUCUUUGUCGCCUACUGCAUAAAAUGUGAAUCAGAGUACUACCCCGACCGUAUUACUUACCGACCUCCGGGCACUUCCUUCCAACGCAAACAACGCCUUGAGUCUGAUGCCAACUAUCUUCGUGUCUCAAAGCAUGGUGUCUGGAUACACCGCCGCAUUGCUGUAGCACAGGAGAAGGCUCUACUUCGUUUCCAUGUAGGCUGGUCAACAUUCUCAGAAUGGCUCAAUGAUAUUGUACCUACCAAGACGGCUAUAACUGCACGCCAAUCGCAACGACUUUACCAGGAACACUUCAGUCGGCGUCUACUGUCAGCACAUGAUUUGAUUGAAGAGUUUGCAGUCCCUGCACAUUCUACUGCCAAUGUGCUUUCGGAGUCAGUACGAGAUGCUAUUGGAAAGAAUGGUGGGGUUGUUGCGGGAGCAAUGGACCAUGGCUGUCUGGACUGCACUCAUCUCAAACGAUACCACUCUGAUCUCAAUGAUAUUGAGCUUGGGGUAUUGUCUGGUGAUGAGGAGGCUAUUGUUGGUAUUGAACCGCAACAUUCACAAGUUCACUCCGAUACUGAACCACUCAUGGAAGGACCUCAUUCCCCAGCUCCAGAAGUAGCUACAAUACCUUCUGGUCUUGCACGUUUCCCGGCUCAACAACAACGUAUACCUGGCUCGAAACGUGGUUAUGUCCGCAUGGCUGUAAUGGAUGGCAAGACUAUAACUCAUCGUAUUUGUGCAGUAAAAGAAUGCGAAAAUCCUCUCACCAACUAUAGAAAUGGACGGUUUUGCAAGCACCACUUAGACCGAAGCGACUUAUGUGGCAUUGCCUCAUGUGGUCUGCACGUCUCGGAACCUGGCGCACUUACCUGUGCAAGUGCUACUCACAAGAUGUGGUAUCAGAAGUAUCUUACCCGCUUCCGUUUAUCAUUCACUGGUGUUCGGCGCAUCAUACGCCGACAAGAAAAUCAGGCAAAUACGAGCAACAACCAUUCUGGGCCUGGUGAUACAAGAAUUCGUCCCGACCUACCUGAACUCGAUGGAAUUUUGGGAAUGGAUGUCGAGCAUACGUUUCGUGCCAGAACAACAUAUUGCCUGCAAACUGUGCAAUGGGCUUGUGGUUGUCCGGUCGGCUGGGGCAAAGUCUUUGUUGGCGAAACUCCUUCACGCGUUUGGCGUAUUUUAGAUGCUAUCUGGGCAGAUUAUCCUGAUCAUCGACCCAGUUUUUUGGCCUACGACGAUGCAUGCAGCCUUUUGCGUCAUAUUGUUACUCAAGACCGCAACAACUUGUGGAUCACUGGCACCAAGCUCAUCGUUGAUGCCUGGCACUACAUUAACCAUCAGGCUACAGAUCUUCUCUGCCGUGUCUGGUGUAACCCGGCACCAUCGAACAGUUCACAACCAGAUCUCAUUACGGUACAGACUGAUGAACAGGGCCAUCCACAUUUGACUCGUGCUUUCAAUACUGAAACUGCAGAGCAACUAAAUGCAUGGCUCAACGGUUUUGAGGCACAACUUCGGCAGAUGUCCGAUGUUAACUAUGAUUUUUGUGUCCAUGUUUUGAUGAUGCUUUAUAAGGAAGAGGUAGAACGAAAGGUAUCCAAGAGAUCUCGUGAGCUUGAUGAGAUAUUUUGGGCCAGUGUCAAUAGUACUGAAUAA